UCCGGAGCCACGGACAGGAGCGCCGCGCUCUCCAGCAGUGCGCCGCUCGAGUCGGCGCGAGAAAAAGACCGUCGUCCAGAAAUAGCGGGCGCGAUCGGCCCCGACCGACUGAUGCGAGGACCCAGCGUCCAGUUUCCCGUCACGUGACUGUUCCUCGUGCUGUGCGACGUGUGCGUGACUGGCGACGUUUCGGCGCUUUCCGGCGUGGAUUGGAGUGUCGGCCCGGAAAGCUGGAUGGGAUGGUUAUCCGGUCGGCGUCCGCCGAGGCGGUGGCCGUGAUCGCACCCGCGGUCACGGCAGCGACGGCCACCACGACGCGCCGCCGGCCGCGCAAGGCCCCGCCGCGGCCCAGUUGCCGGCUGUCGCUCGUCGAUGCCGUGGUGGCGGGCCUCGCCGCGGCAGCAGCCAAGAAGCAGAAAUGGGAAGAGGGUGAAGGGAAAGGAGAGGCGGACGCAGCGGCCGACGAUGCUCGGGAGGACGUCUCGGUGACGAGCGACACUCGAAGUACGUCGCCGCCGACGCAGCAGACGGGGACGCCACCUCGGUUACCGUCCACGGCUGCUGCUGCACCCCAGUCACCAUCAACGGAGACCGAAGCCGCCUCAGUGCCGCCUACAGAAGAACCACCUGGUUUGGCUUCCCCUAUGCAAGAUGAGUAUCCUGCGAACGACGCGGCUGUCCUCAAGCAGGACCCCGAUGACAAUGAACUGCCGCAAAAGAUGGUCGCGGAACCCAUUCGCGACGAGAUUCCAGUCUUGGAGCCGAUGGUCGUCGUCAAAAAAGAAGAAAACGAAGCUGAUGAAGGUGGCAUCGAAGACGACGCUCCGCUAGAUUUCAGCAUCAAAAAGCCCGGAGGCUCCGGGAGCGAAGUCGCCGAGUCUGGAGAUGAAGAGAUGGGCGCCCCAGAUCCUCCCGCAGCUAACGGGGCUACGGACUCUCCCCUGGACCUGUCGGUGUCUCGGCGGAGAACCCGGCCUCCCAUGCGUGACCACAAACCCGCCAAACUGAGCAGGUUGGAACCUGGUCCUGUCGGCUUGACAGCCAGCGGGACUCCAUGGUUGGGACCUAGGUUGCCGAACGCGCCGUCGCCGGUUGCACUGGCUGCGCGAAAUAUGGCGGCCGAACCCCACGCCCAUCAUCAGCACCAUCACUCGUGGAACGGUAAAGUGAAGCGCGAGCGUUCGGUUGCGUCAGAUAUGGGCACUCCAGUUGGACCCGUCAUGAAGUCCGGCUUCUCUGAGAAGUCCAAGAGCGAUUCGUUCCGGCCGGCUUCGAACCGGCAGAACCCUUGGCAAAGUCAGUGGAUCAGCCGCAGUGGGGAGCAGACAAAGGACGUGUUCACCUGCGUCUGGUGCAAGGAGUCGUUCCAGUCGCUGGCCGACAUGACGUUACAUAUGAAGCAGUCUCCACGGUGCGGCAUGGCCGGUAUGCACGCGGCCGUGCCUCCAUCUCAGCCGGCCACGUCUUCAUCAGCAGGCCACACAACGCCACCACCGCCCAAGCUUACAGCCACGCCUCCGGGCGCAUCCGGAGCGACGACGAAGGACGGCGUACCCUUGCCCCGCAAGCUGGUCCGCGGACAAGACGUCUGGCUAGGCAAGGGCGCCGAGCAGACGAGGCAGAUCCUCAAGUGCAUGUGGUGCGGACAGUCGUUCAAGUCGCUUGCCGACAUGACAACGCACAUGAGGGUCACGCAGCAUUACACCAACAUCAUCAGCCAGGAACAGAUCAUCUCCUGGCGGACGCCGGAGGACAAGCUGGCCAACCAGUCCCAGGUGAACGCGGUACUCACGUGCAAGGUGUGUGACCAGGCGUUUGGCUCGCUCAAGGAACUCAGCUACCACAUGGUCAAGAACUCGCACUACAAGGAGCACAUCUUGCGCUCGAUCACCGAGGGCGGCGGCCGCCGAAGACAGACGCGUGAGCGGCGGAAGAAGUCGCUGCCUGUCCGCAAGCUGCUCGAACUCGAGCGUAUGGAGAUGACGACCAGGGGUGGCCCGGGAGCCCCGGGUGCGGCUGCCGCUGGUGCGGGACCGCAGGCCGCGGCCAGUCCGCUUGGGGCUUCUGGGGCGACGGAGACCGAUGGCAAGAUCGCCUGCGAAGAGUGCGCCGAGAAGGUGGACGCCAAGGACUUUGUCCAGCACAUCAAGAGCUGCAGCCGCUCGCAGCAGUUGCUCAAGACCGCGUUGCAGCAACAACAGGUCCGGCCGGAACCCUGCUCCUCGAACGAGUCGCGCAAGAGCGCCGAGGACGAUACGCCGCCGCCUCCCCCUCUCGAGUCGCCGCGACCGCAGUCAGCCGAGCCCGACCGGGCCGCUUCCGCCGAGUCAGAAACAACGCCGAACUCGACGUCGUCCUCCUCAACGUCUGUUCUGAACGCCAUCGAGAGACUUAUCGAGAAGAGCUUCGACAGCAAGGGCAAGCGCGGCGGGCCCACCUCGGCUGGGAUUCUGCAGCGGCUCGGCAUUGACGAGGAGGUCUACCCACCCUGGCACCCUGCUGGUUCGCCCCGCUACGCAUCCCUCAAGUCAUCGGGUCACUCGCCCAGACUCACGGGUGGCCUGGCAUCGCCGUGCCCCUCCGAAGAGCACCAAGGUCCCGCGAGCCACAGCGCGGCGUCGCCUCACAGCGGCGUCUCCUCGCCCAGGCACGACAAAGACGGCGAUCCUACUGUGCUUGACCCAGAGCGCCUGAGCCAGCCCAGAUCUCCCGCCGAGUCCAUUUCAACUCGGGCCAGUUCUCCGGGCGCUGACGACCUCGUCAUCGCGGACGGCGGGCCCUCCAGACGGUCCUCUGAGCGCGGAGGUCCGGACACGGACGAUCUGUCAUCAUCAUCCUCUUGUGACGCUCCUGGAAGCGACGUCAAGGCGCCAUCGUCCCCGAAGCCCAAGCAGACCUCAAGCCCGCGAUUAGCAGGGGUGCCGGCGGCGGCGGCGUCACGCUCUAGGAGGAGCCAUCACAACGGGGAAGGCGACGCGGUCUCGAACCAUCCGCUCAAGGAGCUGCAGAAGUUGCUGGACAAGACGGACGCCCACUUGUCGCGGUCAAACGUGCCACAGGCGGCUAGCCCAGGCUCGAUCCUGGCCUUUAGCUGGGCCUGCAACGACGCGGCCACGUCGGACUCGCUCAUGAAGUGCGCCUUCUGUGACACCCACUUCGUCUCGAAGGGUGCCUACAGACACCACCUCUCCAAGAUGCACUUCAUCAAAGACGGUUCGGCGCCGCCGGGCGACUCGCCCACCUGGAAGGGCGCCCACAGGGAGCACUGCAAGGAGUCUCCGCCAGCAGCGGCCGGCAACCCCGGCAGCAGCCACAGCUCCCCUGCGGGCGCCCCUUCCGCGGCCGUGGCCGCCUCUCCCGCAACCUCUCCGGCUGCUCCAGCAGAAGAGAGCCCGCACUCGAAAUUCCUCAAAUAUACGGAACUGGCCAAGCAGUUGUCGAGUAAGUAUGUGUGACGGCAGAGUGCCGCUUGUAAAGGACUCGCCUUCCAGUGUGGACACCACCGACCCAUGGACUCACGGUCGGCCCGCUGAGUAGUUGACCCGCGGGGCAAUCUUUCAAUGUGAUUCUUUUUGUUUUGACCGUUCUUCGAACCCUGUUGUGAUGAUGACGGUUCGUGAACCGAGGAACAGUGAUCUUGGAAGUGAAAUGCGUAAGCAGGCCAGCCGAUGUCCACUCCUGUCGCACCCGGUCCCGCCACUUAAAUCGGCAGGGCGAGCGUUACUUAACUCACUUAAAGGAGAGCUAAACAAAGCCGGUCACGGCAGCCGCGACUUACAUGCUCAAGCGAAACGGAUUGUUCACACCUCUACAGCGGCAAGGGGGCGCCGGAGGGCAUCGAUUGGCCAGUCUUAAGGUGUCGCGACUGUACCAACAUUCCUUAAUUUAUGAUGAACUUGCCGUGUUUUAGGCUGUCUGUCUUCUUUCCCUCUUCGUUUCAAGCUCACUCUUGUCGUUCAUCACAUAUCCAGUCACAGAGGAAUCUCAAAAUGUUUGCAAUAACAACCUUUCACUUUAAGCCGAAAGGUUUCGGAGAAGAAGCCCCUUGUGCAUUCGCGAAACGACGCUUCUUGGCGACUGUCUGAAAAAAUACGUGACAGGAGAGAGCGCUGUCAAAUUUAUUAGAGCGGUAGACCUUUUUUGGUGACCACAUACCUUGAGCGGUGCACUUGGAUGUCUCAUAUCAAAGCAUGUGAUGUACUUUUUUUUUUUUUAUCUUUUCGCGUUCUUCAAAAGAACCACACAAUAGUGACAGCUAUCGAGUGUCAUAGCACACGACGAACCGUGUUGACGAAAUGCCUUUAUACGUGUACAUAAUUCCAAUCAUUCUUCUGUUUUGGGGUCUCCUGUGUGCAUAUAAUGUACCAUAGUUGAGUGUAAUUGCCAUGUAAAAGUCGACUUUGAUUCGUCUUAUUUAAAGGAGAAAUGAGAUGCUUUCAUCCUUAUGCACACCGAUGCUCACAAGUUUUUAUUCAACGUGCGACUUUGCGCAAGUUCUCCACUGGGGGUAGUUGAAGUUAGUUGCUCAUAGAUGGCGCGAAAGGGCCCGCUGGUUCUGUCAUUGGUUACUGUUUCAAUGACGUCUUAACAACCAAAGAUGUGUAUCGAGAGCGUGGAACGUUUUUUUUUUUUUUCUUAAUAGAAAGGAUGCAUUUGAAGUCUCUAGCGGAAAGUCAAUUAAGUAACAAAGGAACGACACCGUGUUUCCGAUUUUUUGUUUCUUUCCUAUUGUCACGGGGCAUUUCGCAGUUGGCGAGCACCGCACGCGACAGCACGAACUGCCGCAGAAACCGAACAGCAUGCGUGGCGAUAUUUGUCUGCCCCCCCCCCCCCCCCCCGCCUUUUUUUUUUCUACCUUUUUUUUACUCUUGCCUCUACAAUCGCGUGAAAAGACUUAGCCAGCAUUCCUAGGCAGUAAGAACUUGGGCAUUCUCGCGGACGAUUACUCUCGGGACAGCAACCGAAAACCCAAAGAGGAAGGAACAACAGUAGCGGCAGCAGCAACAAGAGGAGCCACCAUCCGGACAGACGCAAUCACGCCCCAAAGUACAAUCGUCAUUUGGACCUCCAUCCGCUUUACCCUUAAGCCACGCAGAAACACACACACGCACUCAGAAAAGAAAAGAAAAAAAAAAAGGGGGGGGGGGGGGGGAGGAGUCCGCGCGGGCCGAGAUUGUAAUUUGAAAACUGCAGCUCGGCACGGUGGCGGUCGAGUCGGCAAGAUUGAAACGACGCAAUAACCGGUGAAAGCGCGCGUCGUCUGGAAGAUUCCGGGAAUGGCGUGGUGCGACCAUGUAUUUUCACUUGGGUUGUCAGUUCGGUAGGUGAACCUCGUCCACGGGCGCGCAGUCGUGGCAUCUUUUCUAUUAUGUAUCCCCGCGCGUGGAUUUUCAAGCAGCGCGAGUUACCCGACGCAGCGGAAACAGCGCCUCAAGAUGCGUUUACGCGGAUAAUAAGGAAAUUCUGCCGUUGGCUCGCCGGGGACCCGCAUUCUGCGCGAUCUUGGCGUGCAUUAGGGCAACCGCGAUUCCCCGAGUUUCUUUGUGACAACUGGCAAGGACCACGUUUCUGGCGAGGCGGGCGUAAUUUAUAGAAGCACUUGUCUGGCUUGGCGCUGCUUACAGGAAAGGGGGGGGGGGGGGGGGGGAUGAUGUCUGGGCGGGCGCCUGCCGUCGGGGUUCUGCUCUUCGGUGCUGUUCGCUGUGGCGGCUCGUGAGGACGGGGAAGGCGACCGCUCGAAGCGCUUGGAGAUCAGGGGGUUCGUGCGAGUGGCGCGGAGUCGGCUAUUUAGCGGCGCCGAAAUGAUGUUGCAUAUCACGCAGAGAUGGCGCUCUCGCCAACUCGAGGGCUCGCUCGCGUGCGUCUCGCAAAGCAGCUCGACAGCCUUCCCAGAAAGGACGGGAUCCGGAGCGAGGGGCGCUCUUGGACCUUCAAUACAAGCCGGUGUUUUGCAUUGCGGUGGCCGUAGGUUAAGGAACCGUUGUAAAGUCAUUCAUUCGACUUAGGUUGUACCGCGGUUGUGUUCAGACGCUACACGUGCAAUGCCGAAUUUUUUAGAGUGGGGCCUGACCCUUGCCGAUGUUUCUUUACGGUGGUGAUGACGACGGCUUUGUAGCGGGUCAUACUCUGUCUGGCACGGCUGGUGCACAAAUUGCGCCGAGGUCUUGUGUAAAAAAGAAAAAAAAAAAAAAAGAAAACAAAAAAAAAAGAGCGAAAAAAAAAAAGAACGCAUCGCGCUUCGUUGUAAGCUGUUUUUAGGUAUAUAAACCGACCCGCACACUUGUCUCUUUGCAAUCAGACAUGUUUGCCUCUCGUCCCAGGACCGCUUCCCUCGAGAUGCCAGGCGUCACACUCUACCAGUGCCCUGUCUCUCUAACUAUCUGUCAACCCUUCAACUCGCGUGAUUCUUGUGAAUAGCCUCCACCGAACUCUAGAGGUACAGCUACUGCACGCUAGAGUCGAUACGACGUCGACCCGUCGACGCUCUUCGCCCGCCAGGCCGCGCUGGGCGCAUGCCACUGUCAGGAUGCAACGAGCUCGCCAGAUUUCACGUUCGGUCCGAAUUCAUUGGAGGAACGAUCAUUACCCUUCCAAGGAGCAAAAGCGCCUAAUGCAAACGUAACGGUACAUCAGGUCAGUGGCCUAUCGAGAUUCCAAAGAAAUAUUCCGAAGACUAUCUGGAAACCAAUCGAUAAGCUCAGGGAGAGUCCAUUGACCGAAAGACAGGCUUCUGAGAAAGUAGUUCGUGUUUUUCUUCCAUAUUCUAUCGGUAAAUAGGUUAAACCGGAGGUGUGUCGACCGAACGUGUACCGCAAAAUCGAGUGGAGUUGAAUAUUACGAUGCAGAGGGAAUGCUCUGGCUUCGGGCCCACGCUUUAAUUUCUCUAUCAGUCCUCAAUUUCUCGGCUCAUUCUCUGUCUUCUGUAUCUUUUUUUUUCCUAUUGUACGUGGCCCUUGCGUCGCCUCCGUGGUCGCUGUCAUUCCGUAGAACUGGUAGCGAUCCAUGUAGCCGGCGGGUACGGAUGGGAAGGCCUAUCUGCCGUUUGUUUUAGCCAGUCUUAACCUUCGUAAUGACGAAUUUGUCGAGACGUUGGCGUUUGUCUUAAUUCUGAGGUACAAUAGCCGUAGCUCGGUGCACUCUGUACAGUCGGAGCUCGUGCGAUGUGAUCUGACACCAGCGCGGUUUGAAGGCGGCAACUCAUUUAUCAAUCGAUCCCGGUAGAGUGAACGAGAGCUGUUGUUUUUUUUUGUUUUUUUUUAUUUUUUUAUUUCUUGAUAUUUUGUGUUUUUUUUGUUUUUUUUAAUCCUCAUCGUUGGUGAUCCGGGGACAACGUCAGCACAGUCGUUGUGCGCAUGCGUGGCUUUAUGGUGCGUCUGCGUGUGUGACUGUGGCAGCACGAGUGAAACUGCACUUUCUCUGGUUUCGAUAAAAACGACGAAAGCUGAAAUUAAAAAAAAAGAAAAAAGAAUGGGAAAUUCUACUAAGCCCUUUUCCGUCGGUGACAUCUGGCCACUUGUCCCAGAAUUUGUUUUUGCUUGUUGUGGUUCCGAGGAACGCGUUUGUUUUGUUUUUGAGUUGGCAAGUGCUUCCACUCUUCCCGCAUUGUACAUACGACCAUCGAGAUGAUGAACUUGAAAUUGUAUAUGUCUAUAUUCCUAUUAUUUAUUACUAAUAAACUCUAUAUCGCGACUGCGGA